UCGGCGCGCCGCCGCCUCCUCUGCGUCCGCACGGAGCCCUGAGCCGCAGCCCCCUGCCCGGCCUGAGGCCCGGCCACUGCCAUGGUGGAGGCGCUGUCCCGCGUGCUCGCGGUGCUCAGGAAGCGACCCCUGUCCCCCGAGCACGCCGAUGACGACGCAUCCGCCACCAAGAAAGUCAAGCUGGAGCAAGAGGAGGCAGGCCGCCGGGUGCAGGAGGAUGUGGCCGGCCGGGACGAGCACCCCGCCGAUGAUGUCGAGGACCCCAGCCAGGGUGCCGACGACAACAAGGCGGCGACGCCCCCCGCGGACACAGACACGUCAGACAGUGUGGUUGCCGUUGCCGUCACUGACGAUGCUGAGGCCGCCGAGGACGACGCCCUGGCCGUGUCCAUGCUCGAGUGCCCCGUGUGCGUGGACACCAUGCAGCCGCCCGUGCGUCAGUGUAUCAACGGCCACUGCGUGUGCAACUCGUGCCGCGGCCGAGUGACGUCGUGUCCGCUGUGCCGCGGGCCGCUGUCCUUCAGCACACACGACGCCCUGGACCACCUGGCCCAGACGCUCACCCUGCCCUGCGUGCACCGCUCCCUCGGCUGCGCGCGCAGGGUCAAGGUGACCGAGCGGGAGAGCCACCUGCUGGAGUGCGCGUUCAACUGCGGGCCGUGCCCCCUGCAGCCGUGCGCCUGGAGGGGCCCCUUCCAGGCCGCGCGUGCCCACUGCCUGGAGACCCACCCCAGCCGCGCGAGGGUGGUGGCCCUGGACUCCAAGGUCUCCUUCAGCCUGGAAGUCCUCGACGGCGACCCGGUGAAGUCAUCGCUGCGCUUUGAGGACGUCGGCCUGUUCGUGGGCGCGGAGACCUUCGUCGUGGAGGUGCACGCCGACGAGCUGCCCGGCCGGGUGGCCGUUCUGGCGCGGCAGCUGUCGGCCGGCAGGCUGAGGCCGCCGGCACACGUCUGCGUCCUGGCACUCCGGAGCUCCUCGAGACCUCACUCGGUGCUGAACGCGCGCGUGCCCGCGCUGGAGCAGAACGAGCUCCUCGUGCCGGCGGUGGACGCGGGCCGGUGCUUGGUGGCUGCCGAGGAGGCUGUCGGCCGUCUGGUUGUGGGCGGCGGCGGCCUCGCCCUGGAGUGCACCGUCGCGCUGCCCCCGGGCCCCGCCGCCCCCGGCUGGCUGUCGUGGCUCGCGGGCAAGGUGUGGCCGCGCCCCGAGUACUAGCAUGUGCUCGUCGUGCCGCCGGCCCCUCCCGGUGCGUGCCCCGCUCGCGCCGCUUGCGCUGGUCGUGCCCACCGGCAGCCGCCAGGCCUCCACCAGCCAGCCUCAUUACAAUACAAUGCCGCGGCGGCCGCGCC